AUGGAGAGCAAAAGGUGUAUUGGGAAGUACCAGCUCGGCAAGACGCUCGGCGCGGGCAAUUUCUCCAAAGUGAAGAUGGGCACUGACAUGGAAACAGGGGAGAAGUGGGCUAUCAAAAUCAUAGACAAGGAGCAGCUUGUGCGCGAACACAUGGAGGAGCAGCUGAAGCGCGAGAUUGCCGUCAUGAAAUUGCUGCGCCAGCCCAAUAUUAUUCAGCUGCGUGAGGUGUUGCAGACGACGAAUCAUGUAUUUCUCGUUCUGGAGCUCGUCUCGGGCGGCGAGCUCUUCGAUAAGAUCGCCCGCGAGAAGCGCUUCAACGAGGCGACGGCGCGCCACUACUUCCACCAACUCAUCGCCGGUGUCCACUGCUGCCAUUGCUGCGGCAUUGCCCACCGCGACCUUAAGCCGGAGAACCUGCUGCUGGACUCAAACGGCACGCUGAAGAUCUCUGACUUUGGGCUCAGCAACCUUCACCGCACCACUGUGGGCGGGCCGGGCACGAUGCUGCAGACCGUCUGCGGCACCCCGAACUAUGUCGCGCCGGAAGUGCUGAAGGAGCGCGGCUACAAUGGCGCCCUGGCAGACAUAUGGAGCUGCGGCGUCGUGCUGUAUGUGAUGAUGGCUGGUUACUUGCCCUUUGAUGAUGAGAAUAUCAACGCACUUUUCACGAAGAUUGAGCGUGGAGAGUACCGCAUUCCACGACACUUUUCGCCGGGCGCGUGCGACAUCAUUUCGAAGAUGCUGACAGUAGACCCCAACAGGCGCAUAACGAUGGAGCAGAUCUUGCACCACCCGUGGUUUAUUGUGGAUUGGAACCCGGCGAUGCUGGAGAUGGAUCCCAACGUAGGGGUGUCAGCGGACCAGAUGCGCGACGCCAUUCAGGACGUGGCGUAA